AGCAAUGAAGUGUGUAUUACAGCUCAGUAAUUCGCAGUGAAGCGGCGUCUGAGAAGCACAUCGAUUUCUCUCAACGGAAGGCGCAGAGGAAGACCCACCUUGGCAUGAAGACUUUGCCCAACUUCUUGGCCACCACCGUCGUCUUCACGGUCGGUCUGGUGCAGGCGAGGGACCCCCUCGAUGUGGAGGCACUGAAGAAAUGUGUGCAGAUGGCCGAGCCGUUGGUUCAGAACCCCGACUACAUAUUCCCCUUGAACAUCGAUGAGAUCAGGGGCGUGUGCAGGAUGUGGGAUAGUUUUGUCUUGUGUGUAAAGAACUACACUGCCAACUACCUGACGUUCCAGCAACGGGAAGAAUUUGAGCUGGCCAUCGCCUCCUCUAUCGAGUCCAUCCGCCAGCUGUGUGACGGCGACCCGGAGUACAAAAGACUGUAUUUGGCGUACGCCCCCUGCAUGAAGAAGGUGUCCAACGACAAUGAGUUCUGUGGCGGUCAGUAUCGCUACUUGGCAGACUUGGUGCAAGGUUCUCAGCCCGACGAUGCUCAGCUGUGUUGUGCACAUCUGAAGUUCCGCGAGUGCGUUUUGGACACGACGCCCCUGAAGUGUGAUGAUGUUAGCUUGUCGUCUGCAGACAAGACGGUGACGCAGUUCACAAGGGAAAUGUUAGAUCGAGCCCUUGGUUUUCUGCUCAAGGAAUGCAAGCACUUUGUACCCAAUAACCGCGACUGCCCGAGGUCCUCCCUCGGCGUCCACCACGGGAACGCAGGGGGUACCAACGCCUACGGCAACGGGGGUAACGAGGACAAUUACAGUGGAUACAACGACAAUCAGCUCCACCCUGACGCCACAACCAACCGUCCCUCAAACACUUUUCCUUUCACUACUUCAUCGACUUCUCGCUUCACCUGGACAACCAAGGGCAGCCCUGAUGGCGUCACGCCUACUGCCGAUUUUUCUGGAAACUUCCUUGAUGGUGCUGAGAGCCAGCAAUACAGGGGCGCUGGGUCUACUCCCUUGCCUUGUCUCAGCACUCAGGUUGCCCUGGUGCUCUCCUGGGCACUAGCUGUGAGAUUAUAUUAGGUUAGCUUACAUGUACGUUGAAACUGGAGCGUUUCUCUGCUGUUUCUUUCUUUCUUUCUUUUUCUUUCUUUUUUUUGUCUGUGACCUGAACUUUAAAAAAAAUCUGUAAUUGUAAUCGUACCCAUAUGCAAAUACACAUUGAAGGCCAAAUCAUCCUAAGCUUAUAUUUUAUGUAGCCAUAGCUUAAUUUUGCACUACAUGUGAAAAAAUCAUGUCCAUGACACAAAUAAAUUUACUGCAUAUUUCAAGGACUCGCCGAGUGGAGGCACAUGGAAUCAUCUUAGCACCUUGCUUUAACAUCAUCGACAGUUAAGCAGUAUACUGCUGAUAUGGCAAGGAAGCCUGAGCGAGGGCUUGGGGACGCGAUGAAAUGUUUAGAUAUUUUUACCUUUAAAGGUAAAAAUAUCUCCUCUCCUCUCAUCUCUUCUCUUGGACCUAUAUGUGUACGAUACAAUGAAAUCAAGACUCAUUUUCUCUCUCUCUCCUUUCUUCUCUUCUUUUUCUCUCUUGCUAUCUCUCUCUCGUCAUCUCUCUCUUUCUCUUUCUCUUUUCUCUUUCUCUCUCUCUCUCUCUCUCUUUAUAUAUAUAUAUAUAUAUAUAUAUAUAUAUAUAUAUAUAUAUAUAUAUAUAUAUAUAUAUAUAUCGCUAUCUAUCUAUUUCAUAUUGUAUAAUUUGGUUUGGCUUGAAAAAUAUCUAGACAUUAUAAAUAAAAAAAUAAUAGGAAUGUUUUCGGUCGUCCAGGUCAUGCUUUGUAGAUAUAUAUAUGCACCUUGUGUAGUUACUGGGAAACAUGGUAAUUUUUAUAUACAUCGGUGAAUUACAAAUGAAAGAGCUCACCUGCUUACAGUGUGGCUUACAAAAGGACGAAUUCCAAAAAUGUGUAAAAUGUUUAAUUUGUGUACGUUUCUGGCAAAGGUUUAAAUUCAUUUAGAUAUCGUGUUUCUGUUUGUUUCUUAUUUGUGUUACAGUGAUGUAUUCCUGCUCAUACAACGUAAGUCUUUUUGUAUACAACAAUUUUAUGAUACUGUCGAGAGUAAAGAGAUACUUUGGAUAUAUAUUUUGUAUGGACAUUGAUUUUACCAAAAAUACGAUAAUAAUUGGAAUAGAAGUAUUACGUGUGAAUUGCUUACUUACAACCCCUUCUCUCAAAUCCAUAAAAAUGAAGGGAUGUGCAGCAGUUAUACAUGUGAGUUCAUAUAAUGUUUUUAUUCAGUAUGUUUUAGUGUUAUUUUUUAAUGACAUCUCUUUCUGUCAUUUUAUUAGAAAGUUUAUACCCUUCCAUGAAGCUUCAUUUCUUUUUAUAUUGAAGAUUAAUGCAAAUCGGUACCUGUAGUUUUGACAAAUAUCAAGAUAUAGGUUAUGGGCGCACAUUCGCAAAUAAAUGUAAUUUUGUACGACAGUCUAGUCAUGUUAUGGAAGACUAUCUGUAAACAGAAGUCGUCUCUUCCCGAAAUUGUAGAUUUAUGCACAGGUUUUGCAAAGUAACUUUGUUUUGUGAGUAUACACAAGAAAUAAAGUUUAUAUAUAUAUA